CCGUCGAUACCGCUGGCAAACAGUUCUCAACGCGCAGCGCCCCAGUGAAGUUUGUGGCAGCGCACCAAGAGCUCACACAAAAGUAAUAACUAAAACUACAAGCGGAAGGAAAGCACAACAAUCUCCGCAGGAGGGGCACAAUUACACACGGAGCAGGAUUAAGGAAAACAAAUUGCAGCCACCACCAAGUCAGUUUUCCAGCCGAGUAACUUGAUCCUGGUUCCACUCGAAGGCGAACAAAACACUGAGAGUGCAGUGAAGCGCGGCGCCUAUUUUCGUCACCCCAUCAGCCCUUAAUAGCCCCACCAAAGGACACCCCCCGAGCUGCCAGCGUUGCCCCAUCGUCACCAGGAGCUAGGAGCCAGGAGAAACCCAGGAGAAACAAGGCGCUCAAUCUGAACUCCAUGGCAGCAGCCGCAUGGAGCUGGCUGUUGGCCCCAUUCCUGCUCCUCCACUUGGCCAGUGCGGGAGCGGGAGGAGGAGCAGGCGGUGUCGGACUGAGCGGUCCGUCCGUGUUCACCAGCUCCUUCCUGGUGCGCUUCCGGCGCGGAGUGGCCAACGGGUUCGCCCAUGAAGUGGCCGACAAGUACGGCUUCGAAAACCUAGGCCCGCUGGUCGGCGCCGACGGACACGAGUAUCAUUUCAAGCACCGGACCCUGCCCCACGCCCGUUCCAGGAGGAGUCUGACGCACACACGGGCCCUCAAGAGCCAUCCAGCGGUGCACACGGCCGUGCAACAGCCGGGAUUCAAGCGGGUUAAACGGGGUCUGCGGCCGGCAGUGCCCGCCAUUCACGGCAUGAAGUUCGACCUGAAAGUGGGCGAGGCCAACCGGAUUGAGGAGGAGCCUACCGACCCGUACUUCCCCAUGCAGUGGUACCUAAAAAACACCGGACAGAACGGCGGCAAGGUGCGGCUUGAUCUGAACGUGCAGGCCGCCUGGGCCCAGGGCAUAACCGGGAAGAACGUGACGACGGCCAUCAUGGACGAUGGCGUGGACUACAUGCAUCCGGAUCUGAAAUUUAAUUAUAACGCCGAGGCCAGCUAUGACUUUAGCAGUAACGAUCCCUUUCCGUAUCCCCGGUACACCGACGACUGGUUCAACAGCCAUGGAACUCGCUGUGCCGGCGAGGUGGCUGCUGCCAGAGAUAAUGGAAUUUGCGGCGUUGGCGUUGCUUAUGACAGCAAAAUCGCAGGAAUUCGCAUGCUGGAUCAGCCGUACAUGACGGACCUAAUCGAGGCCAACUCCAUGGGCCACGAGCCGCACAAAAUCCACAUCUACAGUGCCUCCUGGGGUCCCACUGACGACGGCAAGACGGUCGAUGGACCCCGGAACGCCACCAUGCGGGCGAUAGUCCAGGGCGUCAAUGAGGGUCGAAAUGGCCUGGGCAACAUCUACGUUUGGGCCUCCGGCGACGGCGGCGAGGAGGACGACUGCAACUGCGACGGCUACGCCGCCUCCAUGUGGACCAUUUCCAUUAACAGUGCCAUUAACGACGGCCAGAACGCCCACUACGACGAGAGCUGCAGCUCCACGCUGGCGUCCACGUUCAGCAACGGUGCCAAGGACCCCAACACGGGCGUUGCCACAACGGACCUCUACGGCAAGUGUACGACCACCCACUCGGGAACCAGUGCGGCGGCACCCGAAGCAGCGGGCGUCUUUGCCCUGGCCCUGGAGGCCAAUCCGCAGCUGACUUGGCGCGACAUCCAGCAUCUGACGGUGCUGACGUCGAAGCGCAACUCGCUGUUCGAUGCCAAGAACCGCUUCCACUGGACAAUGAACGGCGUGGGCCUGGAGUUCAACCACCUCUUCGGAUUUGGCGUCCUGGAUGCUGGGGCCAUGGUCACGCUGUCCAAGCAGUGGCAUGCAGUGCCACCUCGAUACCAUUGUGAGGCGGGCGAGCUUACCCAGCCACAGGCCAUCGUCAUGGGUCGCUCGCUCUUUUGGGAGAUCAAAACCGAUGCCUGCAAGGGCACUGACACGGAGGUCAACUACUUGGAGCAUGUCCAGGCGGUGAUCUCGGCGAAUGCCUCUCGACGAGGAGACCUAGAGCUGUUCCUUACAUCGCCCAUGGGAACCAAAUCAAUGAUUUUGUCGCGCCGCGCCAACGAUGACGAUCACCGCGAUGGCUUCACCAAAUGGCCCUUCAUGACCACCCACUCGUGGGGGGAGUAUCCGCAGGGCACCUGGAAACUAGAGGCACGCUUCAACUCGCCGCAAACCCGGCACGGCAAUCUGCUGGAAUGGUCCUUGGUGCUCCAUGGCACCAAGGAGGCGCCCUACCGCACCCUGCACCCCUCCUCGCCGCACUCCAAGCUGGCCAUCGUGAAGAAGGCGCACGAGGACAAGAAGAUGAAGUAGAGGGGGUCGGGUGCAGAUAAACAUCCGCGUAGCGACGUCCAUUAGGCAGCUUGGCGUUUUAUCAACGAGUUUAGUGUGAGGUUCAAUAAAAGUGCUGGCUGUGUUUUAUUUUGGAAUAGGAUUGAUUGAGAUUAAACAAUUGAUUUCAUUGCGUUUUUCCUCUUUGUAAUUUCGAAUAUUUGCCAUUCGCGUUAAAUCUGUCGAACUGUAAGUUCGUUUAAGCAAAGAACGUUGUUUAUCGCUUUCAUUUGUGUAAUUAGUUUUCCUUUUUGGCGAGCUAGCGCCCAGGGUGCCACAAAAGCCAUUCGAUAUCAUUUUAUUUGCGGUUUAAACUAUUUCUGGAAAUUGCAAAGCGCACAUUUACCGAAGAAGAAAAGGAAUACAAAAUCCAGCACUCAACUUUAUGACCUGUUGAGUGUCCCGGAUAACUAUGUAGUGAAUGUCAAUGAUAAACCACAAUAUUAGAACAGGUAUAGGAGGUAUUCGAAUGCGUGGCAAGGCGAUAGUGCGGGAAAUAGAGAUAUAAACAAGAUUUAGAACAAAGAAGAAAAAAUAAAAAAGAACCCAGGAUAAACCCUAUGUAAAUGUGUAAUAUCUAUAUGUAUACAUACCCUAUCUUUAACUGCGUCCUAUGCCGUUAGACUCUUAAUUCUAUCUAGUAUAAAAUACAAACUAAACAAAGUAUUUACAUGUAUUUUAAAGCUACGUCCUUUGUUUAACAUACUAUAUACUUGUAUACACUAAUAUACCUACAUGGAUAUACAUAUGUACUUAAAGGAAACUUAGCAAAAACAUAAAAUGUUAAUCCCAUUAAUGCGGAACAAAUUUGUCACUUCACUUUGGUUGCAAGCCGAACUCUGCUUUUAUUUCGCGACUCGUACGUGUGAAAUGCAUUUACAUACAUAGUUUUCCUUUCAGUUUCUUUCGGGGGCCAAAAAACCACAACAUAGUAACAUUAAUGGUGUGAAACCGGAUUCACAAGCGAUUGUAACGUAAAACGGUGCGAGUGUUAUGUAAAAACAUAAACAAAUGUUAAAGUACAAGUGCAGAGCCUAUAUUGGUGAGCAGAGAGUUUAGCACGUAACGUCAGAUACAGAUUCAGAUUGUUUUACCUAGUCUAAUAACUGAGAUAUAGCGCAUUGUUAAAGUUUGUCGAUAAUGUGCGAGAGAAAUGAAUAUAAUUAUAUAUACAGAACCAUAUUUGAAGUAUAUACAUGUGUAAUUAUUAACCAAAAACCACAUGCAGAGGUGUUGGCGGAAUCUGUGGCAUAACCAUUAUAUACAUACACCGAAUAUUUACUAAAUAUGCAUAAUUGUAUGAUACAUAUAUACCAAAAGAAUAAACGCAAAAUGUAUCUUA